AUGAUGACCAUGAACGGCAAGCAGCACUUCUCCAUGCACCCUGCGCUGCACCCGAGCUCCGAGGGCAUGCGGCGGGUGUGCCUACCUGCCCCGCAGCUCCAGGGCAAUAUAUUCAGCGGCUUUGAUGAGAGUCUGCUGGCCCGCGCUGAAGCUCUGGCGGCGGCUGACAUCGUGUCUCACGGCAAGAGUCACCCUUUCAAGACGGACGUCACCUACCAUACCAUGAGCAGCGUGCCCUGCACCUCCUCUUCGUCCACAGUGCCCAUAUCUCACCCAUCAUCCAACCUCCCGUCGCAUCAUCACCACCACCUCAGCCACCAGACCCUGGAGGGGGACCUACUCGACCACAUUUCCUCGAGUUUAUCGGUCAGCGGCAUGGGGGCGCCGCCGGAUCCAUCGGUGAUGACCACACAAGCCCACCAGCAUCACCUGCAAAUGGGUCACUUACACCAAGCAAUGGCGAUGGGCCACCCGCACACCCUGUCGGUCCACAACGGCAUGGCGUGCGUCAACGACGUCGAGUCCGAUCCAAGAGAGCUGGAGGCGUUCGCGGAGAGGUUCAAGCAGCGGAGGAUAAAGUUAGGAGUGACCCAGGCGGAUGUGGGCUCUGCUCUCGCCAACCUGAAGAUACCGGGGGUCGGCUCGCUGAGCCAAAGCACCAUCUGCAGGUUCGAGUCCUUAACACUUUCACACAACAACAUGAUCGCCCUCAAACCCGUCCUCCAAGCUUGGCUGGAGGAAGCUGAAGCUGCUUACCGGGAGAAAAACGGGAAACCGGACCUUUUCAAUGGGAACGAGAGGAAACGAAAGCGUACGUCCAUCGCAGCUCCGGAGAAGCGAUCGCUCGAGGCAUAUUUUGCAAUCCAGCCGCGACCGUCGUCGGAAAAAAUCGCGGCUAUCGCGGAGAAGUUGGAUCUAAAGAAGAACGUGGUUCGGGUUUGGUUCUGUAAUCAACGGCAAAAACAGAAAAGGAUGAAGUAUUCAGCAGUGCACUAA